AUGAACUACUAUACCAAGUGGGUAGAUGUUGAGCCUCUGAUGCACAUAGCAGCCAAACAAGUCGUUUCCUUCGUCAAUAGGUUCAUCAUUUUUUCGUUUGGGGUCCCCUAUAAGAUCAUCACUAAUAAUGGGACUCAAUUUGGUGACUUGAUAGGAGUUUACUACGAUGAGAGGGGAAUACACAGAGGAUUUUUGGCUGUGGUACACCCUCAGGCCAAUGGUCAGGUGGAGGGCACCAACAAGGUGAUCAUGAAAAACCUUAAGACCAGGCUGGAAAAGCUCAAGGGAGCAUGGGUGGAGGAGCUCCUCAAUAUACUGUGGGCUUACAGAACCACCCCUGUACAACUGCUGGAGAAACCCCAUUCGCCCUAG